AUGGACAUUCGCUAUAAUCAAGCGGACCAUGUGUCUUUGCCGGCGCAGGCAACUGACACGAUGCAGACACGACAAAAAGUAGACAUGAAUAUAGGCCGCGGCACGGGACAUGAUACUAGAGCUUUUGCGGCAGCAUUGCCAAGCGAGGGCGAAACCGACCAACAAGACGAUGGGGUACCAUUUUUGCAUAUUGCACAAGGGCAAGGACCCUUUUUCAGAGAGUUUCGAACCAUGGGGGAGGGAGAGGACGAGGACGAGGGCAAGGGCAAGGGCAAGGCUGAGGUGGCAGGGUCAAGCAGUAGACAAUACGACGGCGCCAUGGCGGAUGAUUCGAGAAGAGACAUGGGGAGGGGGGCGGCUAAAUGGCCGUAUUUUCCUUACGAGGAGGCUCCGGCAAGAGGCAAUUCUGGACCCAAGGGGGAAAGCAUCAUGGGCCAAGUCAGCAACGAGUGGGCGUUUCCCAUGGCGACGGGUCCUCAGGCCAAAAACGGCGCAGAAGCAGGUGCAGGCGGGGGAGUCAGCACUAUCGAUUGCACGCCGGCGGAGGCAUGA